CAACCUUCAGAGGCGCCCAGGAUGAGUGAGUGGCGGUGGCUGCUACUGCUGUGGUGGCGCUGACAAGACGCGAGCUCUAUGCCUUUCCGGCUACUUGUCCUGUUCGGCCUCCUAUGCGCGCUGCUGCCCCUGCACCAUGGUGCGCCUGGUCCAGAUGGCACCGCGCCCGACCCCGCCCACUACAGGGAGCGAGUCAAGGCCAUGUUCUACCACGCCUACGACAGCUACCUCGAGAAUGCCUUUCCCUACGACGAGCUGCGACCUCUCACCUGUGACGGGCACGAUACCUGGGGCAGUUUUUCUCUGACGCUAAUUGAUGCCCUGGACACCUUGCUGAUUUUGGGGAAUGUCUCAGAAUUCCAAAGAGUGGUUGAAGUGCUCCAGGACAACGUAGACUUUGAUAUUGAUGUGAAUGCCUCUGUGUUCGAAACCAACAUCCGAGUGGUAGGAGGACUUCUGUCUGCUCACCUGCUAUCAAAAAAGGCUGGCGUGGAAGUAGAGGCCGGAUGGCCCUGCUCUGGACCUCUCCUGAGGAUGGCUGAAGAGGCAGCCCGAAAACUCCUUCCAGCAUUUCAGACCCCCACUGGCAUGCCAUAUGGAACGGUGAACCUGCUUCAUGGCGUGAACCCAGGAGAAACCCCUGUCACCUGUACAGCAGGGAUCGGGACCUUCAUUGUAGAAUUUGCCACCCUGAGCAGCCUCACUGGUGACCCCGUGUUCGAAGACGUGGCCAGAGUGGCUCUCAUGCGCCUCUGGGAGAGCCGGUCAGAGAUUGGGCUGGUUGGCAACCAUAUUGAUGUGCUCACUGGAAAGUGGGUGGCCCAGGACUCAGGCAUUGGGGCUGGCGUGGACUCCUACUUUGAGUAUCUGGUGAAAGGAGCCAUCCUGCUUCAGGAUAAGAAGCUCAUGGCCAUGUUCCUAGUGUCCAUGCCUUCUUCAUCCUUCUGCUUCCCACAACGAGAAUAUAACAAAGCCAUUCGGAAUUAUACCCGCUUCGAUGACUGGUACCUGUGGGUGCAGAUGUACAAGGGGACUGUGUCCAUGCCAGUCUUCCAGUCCCUGGAGGCCUACUGGCCUGGUCUUCAGAGUCUCAUUGGGGACAUUGAUAAUGCCAUGAGGACCUUCCUCAACUAUUACACUGUAUGGAAGCAGUUUGGGGGGCUCCCGGAAUUCUACAACAUUCCUCAGGGAUACACAGUGGAGAAGCGAGAGGGGUACCCUCUUCGGCCAGAACUCAUUGAGAGCGCAAUGUACCUCUACCGUGCCACGGGGGAUCCCACCCUCUUAGAACUUGGAAGAGAUGCCGUGGAAUCCAUUGAAAAAAUCAGCAAGGUGGAGUGUGGAUUUGCAACAAUCAAAGAUCUGCGAGACCACAAGCUCGACAACCGCAUGGAGUCUUUCUUCCUGGCCGAGACUGUGAAAUACCUCUACCUUCUGUUUGACCCAACCAACUUCAUUCACAACAAUGGCUCCGCCUUUGACGCAGUUAUGACCCCCUAUGGGGAGUGCAUCCUGGGGGCUGGGGGUUACAUAUUCAACACAGAAGCACACCCCAUCGACCCUGCCGCCCUGCACUGCUGCCAGAGCCUGAAGGAAGAGCAGUGGGAAGUGGAAGACUUGAUGAGGGAAUUUUACUCUCUCAAACGGAACAGGUCGAGAUUUCAGAAAAAAACCGUGAGCUCUGGGCCAUGGCAACCUCCAGCACGGCCGGGAACAUCCUCGUCUGAAAACCAAGACGAGGCAAGGGGAAAGAGGCCUAGCAGGCAGAAAGUCCCACUCCUCAGCUGCCCGAGUCAGCCCUUUACCUCCAAGCUGGCGUUGCUGGGGCAGGUUUUCCUGGACUCCUCAUAACCACUGGAUGACUUUUUUGUUUUGUGUUUGAUCUAAACUAUGACAGUAACUCUGCUUUUGAUGGCUCUGUUUUUUCUAUUUUACAUGUUGGAUUGUCUCAGGAGAUUUCAUUCAAAGAAAUUAUUCAUGGCUUUAAAACAAUGUGAGUCUAGUUUAUUUUUCUCAUACAGUUGAAGAAACAGCUGAACUCAUAAUCAGCCCACUCCACAGACCCCAAGGGUUGAUGGUUGAAUCUCCCUUCCUUUGAAGGCUCACCGCUUCCAGUAUGUCCAAGGAGGGUGUUGUUAGGAAUGUGUUCGUCACAUCUUGCUCCCACCUGAGCUUCUGCCCUUGAACGCGCCCAUCUGUCUGUCCAAGCAACAACACAUGCUUAUGAAGCACCUUUGUGCAUCAGCUUCAGCCUUAGUGUUCAGUGUGGACUAGGCAGUUUUUAUUCUCUGGAAAACAAAAUUCUAGCGGAGACAAAUAAACUAGUAGGUACGUAAAAUAGCAUUGUGGGAAGUGCCACGAAGAUAAUGGGAUGUAUGCUAGAAAAUAGUAGGGAGAGGAAGUCUACCUUAGGGUGGUCAGGGAAGGCCUCUGAAGAAGUGAGCUUUUAAACAUUUAAUUAUGGAAAACUAACAAUAAACAGAAGUGAGGAGAACAAGAUAAUAACGCCCUAUGUGCUCAUCACCCAACUCUAGCAAGGCCAGCUUCAAAGAUAGUCAGCUCAUGGCCAUCUUUUUAGAGUGAAAUCCCAAAUAUCAUUUCAUAGGUAUUUCAGAAUAUACCUCCAAACACGCCUAUGAAAAUAAAAAAUUUUCCAUUUAUAAUC